AUGUUCAACAUUGCACGACACCCUGAGUUAUUCGACCCUCUUCGCGAAGAAAUACAGCGCGUACUCGCAUCUUCGAGUUUUACCAAGCAGUCGCUCCAGGAGCUGAAGCUCAUGGACAGUGUGAUCAAAGAGUCGCAGCGUCUCAAACCAAUCGUGUUAGCCCCAUUUCGGCGUCUUUGCACGACUGAUAUCAAGUUGACAAAUGGAUGGACGAUUCGGAAAGGCGAAAAGAUCAUCGUUUCAAGCGCGCACAUGCAGGACUCGGCAUAUUACGAUGACCCUUUGGAGUUCGAUGGCUAUCGGUUCAUGCGUAUGCGGCAGACCCCCGGAGAGGAAAAUUAUUCCCAUCUUGUCAGCACGAGCGAAAAGCACAUUGGGUUCGGUCACGGCCAGCACGCGUGUCCAGGUCGCUUCUUUGCUGCAAAUGAAGUCAAAAUUGCUUUAUGCCAUCUUUUGCUCAAGUAUGACUGGAAGCUGCCGGACGGUCAUGAUCCCAAAGUCAUCGCCGCGGGAAUGGCUUUGAUAUCAGAGCCUAACGGAAGACUUGCAGUCAGAAGACGUGUUGAAGAAAUCGAUCUCGACUCUUUAAGUGAAGAGUAA